CCGCCAUGAAACGAAGCGAGGAAGAAGAGCCGGAAUCACGGAGAGCAAUGGAGUCGGACAACGGACUGGCUGCCCUGGGUGUGGAUGGAGCCUCAGCAGCUGCACACGCACUUUCUCUUCCAGCAGAGGCUUACGGAAAUGAUGCCCAGCUGGAGGUGAUGUGGGCAAUGAAGGCCUACAACCAUGCUGAAGUCUAUUUCAAUCUCAUUUCGUCAGUCGACCCCAAGUUCCUGAAGCUGACCAACGUUGAUGACAAAAUCUACUCCUCCUUCAGGGAAACAUUCAGGGAUCUCAACAUCAAACUGCUGAACCCAGAAGAUCUCAAGUCCGCUGAGGCCAAAGAGAAAUGGCGCUCAUUCUGCAACCAGUUUGAUGGAGUCAUAGAAGAUUUCAACUUUGGAACUUUGCUUCGCCUGGACUGUGAGAAUGACUAUACAGAGGCCAAUACCAUAUUUGCCACGAGGAUCCAGUUCUUUGCCGUUGAGAUUGCCCGCAACAGAGAGGGCUUCAACAGUGUGAUAUACACCGCCAGGCGUUCCAAGAGCUAGCCUCCAGCUAGACCAGAGACAAGUCCCUCCCUGCAGCGCUCCUCGCCCACAGAGCAAAGAACUUCAGCAUCUGAAGAUGUCUCUACUUAAGUGUAAAACUUGUUAUAUUUUCCAACUCCCUGGCAUGUACCUUUUCAUAUACGAACACAAGUUGUGUAGAUUUUUUUUUCCCUCGUUGACCCACAGUUAACACAUGGGAGGAAUAUUAAAAUGCAUAACCACGAAUUCAUUUCAUUACAUGCCUCUCAUCAAGGCCAAGUGCUACCUGUCAAAGACUUGCUGUACAGGUUUAAUAACUGUAUCCCAGUCUUGCGUUGUGUAUGUACUGUACAUCCUUUUGUGCAAGUAACAGAUAUUUUGUAUUUUUAGAAGACAGUGGUAACAGGAAAUGAAAAAUUGCCGGUGAGUUUGUAUUUAUUGAAUGAUUAUAAACUUCCUAAGGGAAUAAUUGGACAAUGUACGGACUCUAAAACCACUGAAUUGACUUGUGUAAAAUAUAAAAAAGAGGCAGCAAAAUACAAACCAAGGAGGUUUAUUUGCAGUCACAAUGCUAUAUGUAGCAGACAUCCAAACAGCUAUUCACUCUAUGGACCCAACACAUUCACAUCAGGGACAUAAAUUCAAAAAUUAACAACUCAAAUGAACAUCCAUGAGUGUGGACAUGGUUAGAUAUGAGCUAGUUGUCACAAACGGUUAGCAGCAACAUCGUAGAGAGUAACACAAGUUGCUAAUAUACUCCAUUCCUGUUUCUCAGUUUACAAUGUUCUGACUCCUACCAUGGCGGAUGUGAUAUUCUGGUAUUUUGAAUUAAAAAUGGAAUUCCUUCAGGAAGCACACCCUCCAAUCUUCUUGCAAAAACUUUGCAAAGUAUUUUUGUAUCUGAAUUUAAGAGGCUAU